AUGACCGUACAAUUCUGUCAGAAGUUGAGUUUCAUACAGAAGCCGAAGUAUCUAACGGUUCAAGGUAUUGGAGGAUCCAAGACAGUGUCACGAAAAAUAGCUGUUGCAACCGUAGCGUCACGAUCCGAUCAGAUUUCGACGUACAAUUCUGAGAUGAAGUUCUUCGUGCUUCCGGAGCUUACUGUUUCACUGCCAACCUCGAAGAUUAAUGUCAGCCAUUGGAGGUUUCCUGAAGAUAUUGUGUUAGCUGAUCCUACAUUUUUUGAACCCGAUCGUGUGGAUAUUAUCAUUGGAGCUGAACACUACUACUAUCUUCUGGAGGAGGGUCGUAUAAGACUUGCCGACGACAGUCCAGUAUUACAAAACUCUGUCUUCGGCUGGAUAGUUUCCGGGUCGGUUCCCGUUGAAGAAAGGAUUCAGCAGUCAACCGUAGCCUACACGUGUACACUUGCAGAUGUACACAAUCAAUUGACGAAGUUUUGGGAGGUGGAGACCUGUCGUUCCAAUAGCAUACAAUCAGUAGAAGAAACAGUAUGUGAAAACCUUUUUGACCAAACAACUACUCGGGAUAAAUCCGGUAGAUUCGUAGUGAGCUUACCGAAAAAGGAAUUCGUCAUCAAGCAAUUAGGAGAGUCACGUAAUACAGCGAUGAAACGGUUAACUGGCAUGGAGAGACGUUUCCAGUCAAACCCUGGAUUGCAAUCCGCAUACCGAGAAUUUAUGAGCGACUAUGAAAGGCGCGGACAUAUGCGACAAGUUAACGAACCCAACGAUGAAGCUCCUGUCUACUACCUCCCUCACCACGCGGUUUUGAAACCCGAUAGCACAACGACCAAGCUUCGUGUUGUGUUUGACGCUUCAUGCAAAACGACGACUGGGGUUUCAUUGAACGACGCACUGAUUGUUGGACCGGUCGUACAAGACGAUCUAUUGUCUAUUGUAAUUCGUUUCCGUUUCCAUAAAAUAGCAAUAGUUGCGGACAUAGAAAAAAUGUAUCGUAUGAUACAGAUGCAAUGCACUGAUCAACGUCUGCACCGCAUACUUUGGAGAGAUUCCUCCGACGCACCUAUUCGUACAUAUGAAUUGUCCACCGUCACGUAUGGCACUGCGGCAGCUCCCUAUUUAGUCACCAAGUGUCUGGAACGAUUAGCACAAACCGGAAGAUCUACAUAUCCCCAUGCAGCGGAAGUUUUAGAGAAAGAUUUUUACAUGGAUGGUCAGUUGACAGGAACCGAAAACCUUGAAGAAGGAAAACAGUUGAUUCGCGAAAUGCAAAAGCUAAUGGCGUCUGGUGGAUUUAUUCUACGAAAGUGGAACUCGAAUUGUCGAACGUUACUUGAGGAUCUACCUGCAGACUUGGUAAAUGACCGUGCCACGUUUGAGCUGGAUUCUUCCAACUCUCCCGUUAAAACCUUAGGUCUAUUACGGGAACCUAGGUCAGAUAAAUUCCUGUUCAUAUCUCCCAAAUGGAACAGCGAAACCGUCUUUACCAAACGUAUAGUUCUCGCUGACGCUGCGCGCUUGUUUGACCCGUUAGGACUAGUGGGUCCUGUGGUGGACUUAGCGAAUAAUAUUGGGAUGAUCCGCUUCCAGACGAUAUGCAAUCGUUCUGGAUGGAUUAUCGACGAAAUCUGCGAGCACUCUCAUCAUUAUCAGUACCCCGAUGGGUGCAAUUUUCGAAAAACUUGGAGUUCGUCGAGAUACACGGAUUCUGCGAUGCAUCCGAUAAGGCUUAUGGAGCCUUUAUAUACCUUCGUUGCACGUCUAGUGAUGGUUCCGUGGAAGUAA